AUGGUGUCUCUCCUCAGCUUGCUCACCCUCGCGCCCGCGGCGGUCUCGGCCUUCUCCAUCGGCCGACCAGGACCAGGCGCCGGCAUCCGUCCCGGAAGCCCGUUCGGUCACGACAUCGCACAGAGAGCCACGGACUGCCGCUGCUUCCCCGGCGAAGAAUGCUGGCCAACGGCAGCCGAGUGGUCCGCCUUCAACACAACAGUCGGAGGCCGCCUCAUCGCCACAAUCCCCAUCGGCGCCGUCUGCCACGACAGCACCUUUGGCGCCUACGACGAGGCCAAGUGUACCGCCCUCCAGAACAGCUGGUCCGCCUCCGAGACACACAUCCAGACCUCGUCGUCCGUCAUGGCCGCCUUCUUCGCCAACCAGAGCUGCGACCCCUUCCUCGCCCAGACGGAACGCUGCAUCAUCGGCACCUACGUCCAGUACGCCGUCAAGGCCGCCAGCGCCGACGACUACGCAAAGACGAUCCGCUUCGCCCAGGAUUACAACAUCCGCCUCGUCAUCCGUAACACCGGUCACGACUACCUUGGAAAGUCCACCGGUGCCGGCGCCCUCGCGCUCUGGACGCACCACCUCAAGGACAUCAGCGUGCUCGACUACAAGUCCACGGCUUACACCGGCAAGGCCCUUAAGCUCGGCGCCGGCGUCCAGGCCGGCGAGGCACAGUCCGCAGCACACGCCCAGGGACUCGUCGUCGUGGGCGGUAACAGCCCGACCGUCGGUAUCGCAGGAGGCUACACGCAGGGCGGCGGUCACGGGCCCCUCGUCUCAAAGUACGGUCUCGCCGCUGACCAGGUUCUCGAGUGGGAGGUCGUCACCUCUGGCGGCAAGACGCUCGUCGCGACCCCGACGUCCAAUUCGAAUCUGUACUGGGCGCUUUCCGGUGGCGGUGGUGGCGUGUACGCUGCCGUCUUAUCCAUGACUGUCAAGGCUUACGCCGACACCAUUGUCUCGUCGGCGAACCUGACCUUCACCAACUCUGGCGUCUCGGACGACGUGUUUUACGGCGCGGUCACGACAUACCUCAAGACCCUCCCGGAUAUCGUCGACGCCGGUGCCGUCAGCAUCUGGCUUCUCGCCUCGGGCGUCUUCCAGAUGCAGCCUACUACUCUCCCCAACAAGACCAAGGAGGAGCUCCAGGUUCUGCUGCAGCCUACUCUCGACGCUCUCGAUACCGCCGGCAUCACCUAUGGUAAGUGUAGUCGACAGACUGAAGUUGAGAGAGGGCCGCCAGACUACCACAUUGGCCAGUACACCAAUUUCCUGGACAGCUACAACGACAUGAACCCGGAGCCGGCUGUGACCGAGUUCAACAUUGGCGGCCGCCUCAUGCCCCGCUCCCUCGUCGCCGACGAUGCCUCCGCGGCCAGCCUCAUGGACGCGCUCAAGAGCAUCCUGAACAACGGCGGCAUCAUCUCAGGCCUCACCAUCAACGUCGCCCGCGCCGCCAACGCCGUCGCCAACUCGGUGAACCCGGCCUGGCGCACCGCCUUGUUCUCAGCCGUUGUCGGAACCGCCUACAGCCGGUCCGACUUCUCUACUCUCGUCUCGGGCCAGACUACGGUCACGGACACGCUCAUUCCGGCGCUCAAGGCGCUGACGCCCGGCGGCGGCGCGUACCUCAACGAGGCAGACCGCAACGAGGUCGAGUUCCAGUCCACGUUCUACGGCACCGACAACUACGCCAAGCUCAGGGCGAUCAAGAAGCUCUACGACCCUUGCAGCACGUUCUACGCCCUGACGGGUGUCGGCAGCGAGGAUUGGGAGGUGCAGGGCGAUGGUCGUCUCUGCAAGGCUGCCUGA